AUGGAAUACACUCAACAGCCGAAAGUCUUCCGGCCCAGCUGGUACACCAUCCCAGCGAUCUUUUCCACGAUUCAGUCGUACACUUCGGCAGUGGAGUGGUUCUACUAUCUGACCUUUAUCUCGCACAUACUAUGCAAGUCUGACUCGGCCCAUAUAGCCAAAGCCCACCUCAUCUCCUUUCUGCGCGCUCGUCCACACAUCCAGAUGUGGCACGAAGCUUUGCUCUCCGAGAUGUACGACGAGGACGAACCAAAUCUACCGUCGGUACUGGAAGAGAUUUCGCGAGUAUUGCACGCAGAGAUUCUCGUUGAUGACGAGAGGAAGGCAGCUGAGCUGGCGAAAGAUGCGCAGACCAGGAAAGUGCUGGAAGAGCAGGGUGUGGCUGUGCAGCAGCGCGAGCAGGCCCGACGAGCUUUCGAGGCUUCUUGUCUCCGCUUUGGUAGUAUCGGGAAAGAUGUGCCUGCUGCCGGUCAAAUUGGUGUUCUCGAUCUUGCCGCUCUCUUAGCUGUGUUGUCGUUGCAAUCGCCCUUUGAUCUACCCGUCACGCCCGAACCUGGGUUUGCUGCAACUGUAGCGCCUGUUCAGCAGGUAUCAUGGCUGAAGGGUCUUGCGCGCAGUUUGGCUCAGCUUGCAGUAGAGGUCACUCCAUCCUACACUCACUUGGCAGCGUAG